AUGCCACAGGUCUUUCGAGCUUUAAAUGCGCUAAAUGAAACCAUGGUUUCCAAACUGUGGAUUUGGGAUUCAAUGAUCAAUAUUUUACCGAGUGAUAUGUUUGCACAGGUACGUCCUCGGGUUCUAUCAAUUGAGACAUCAAGGUUGAGUCUGUUUCGACCCGGCGCUUUUAGUAGAAUUGGACGGAGGUUGCGAGUGCUGCGGCUUCGAAAUAACAUUAUAAAACGAAUUGAGCCAUUCAUGUUUAAGGAUUUGGACUAUCUUCAACUACUAGAUCUGGGAAGCAAUAAAAUCACCUCUAUUGUCUCAGGUGAACUGAGCCUUUUGAAAGAUUUGGAAACUUUGGUUUUAAGUGACAAUCAAAUAUCUGUUAUUGAAGAUGGUGCUUUCGGAACUCUAUCUAACUUGAAAACAUUGAAUUUGGCAAAUAAUAAGUUGACUAAUAUUUCUGUUGAAACAUUUCAUGGUUUGAACAGCUUAGAAGCUCUUAAUUUGCAAAGUAACAAUAUUAUGUUUGUUGAUUGGAAUGCAUUCGCACAACUGAAAGAUUUGAAAUAUCUGAAUAUCGGAAAUAAUCAUAUUUCGCGAGUUGAUCUUCGUGGAUUAAAAUCAUUAGAAAAGUUAUUUCUUAACAAUAACAACAUUCAUUCAAUGAAACGUGUUACAUUGCAUGAUCUGCGUAAUCUUCAUUCGUUAAAUUUGGAUAGGAAUUCAAUCACAGAAAUACAUGAUGGCGAUCUUCAUUCACUUGAUGAAAGCGUGAGGCUCAGUACGCUUUCCAUAGCUGCGAAUAAAAUUCGCAAAAUUGAAGCUCGAGCUUUAGAUCCAGUGCAUCAGAUUACAACACUUUCUCUUCAAAAUAAUCAACUUUAUUCGUUAUCAAUUAGUGAUGGCGCAGCAGAAAUAUCAUUUUUAAAGCCAUUGAAGAAACUCAUCAGGCUGUAUUUGUCGAACAAUAAUUUAAUGCGAGUUGGAGAACAUGAUUUUAGUGCAUUAAAUUCACUAAAAGUAUUAGCGCUUGAUCACAAUCAAAUUGAAGAAAUACAUGGCAAAGCUCUCAGGGGAUUGCCUUUAAAGCGUUUUUACCUUAAUCGCAACCGCUUGUAUCAUCUUCCCAAACGACUGCUUGAGGACCAGAACAUUAGUCUGCUCAACGUGGUUGAUUUAUCAGAUAAUCUCUGGCAAUGUGUUUGUGGUGAGGAGUGGAUAUCGCACUGGUUAUCAUUAAUUGGUGAUCGAAAUGUAGCUGAUGGUAAUAUGGGAUGUAUAGAAUCUGAAAUAUGUGCUUCCAAACGUACUAAAGAAGAAGAACAUAGUGUCUGGAUCACUGUGGUAGCCAGCAUUAUUGCAGUCAUUUCUCUGUUCAUCCUCAUUGCUAUUGCUUUCUUGUAUGUCGAAGAUGGAAGACAGAUGCAGAAAUUAGCAUAUCCAUUGCGACGAGUACCAUUAGAUCUUCGACAAUUAAUACCAAAUGGUUCAGUGAUGUCUCUUCCAUCAGAGAAUGGAGCUGAGCCGUUACUAAUGUCUAAUACUGUCAAUAAAUCUACUGAGCAAUCGUUGAACAAUAGCGAUCUUCGAUUGUCGUCAUGUAUGAAAAGUUCAUUAAUCGUGCCAAAUCGUGGUAGCAGGAGUGGUGAUCAUAACGCCGACAAUAGUAGCAAUGUAAAUGGAAGUAAUGAAAAGAAAAGAGUUCGUUUCAACAAUGCAUAA